AUGAUGUCAUCAUCGAUGGCAAAAUCGAACAGGAAGGGUCCUGCCACUGCCCCUUGUCUUACUCCAGUUAUCAUUUCAAACGUUGCUGUUCUUGCUGAUGUUCGAACUGCUGCAGUUGUGUCUUCACCCGAAGUGUUGUCAUCAUUUAUAAAUCGCUUAACUAUGUGGUGGUUUAACGAACUCUGUCGGCUCGGUGUGAAGAAACCACUUGAGCCUUCUGACCUAUAUUCUUUGAAUGAUGAUGACUCCUCCACUGUUCUUGUACCAAGGUGGUCAAAACUAUGGGAAAAGAAACUAAACGAGUACAACAAUCGCCGUUCUCGGAUUGCUUCAUGUAAUCAGGCCAGUCGUAUAUAUUCGGAUUCCCAUACAAUGCAGAAUACUCCUCUUAUUUUUAACGUUGAUGGGGAGAUUCUCUCUCGCGAUUGCGGGGACAAUCCCAUGUCGAGAUCGAUAUUUCCUGCGAAGCCGCCUUCGAUCGUAGUUUGUCUGUUCAUGCUCCUUAAAUGGGACAUAAUUACAGCAAUGCUCACAAAGGCAGCUUCAGAUCUCUUGCAGUUUUGUAAUCCUUUACUAUUGAAAUCUUUGAUUCGAUUCACUGAGGAUCCACAAAGACCACUAUGGGAAGGAAUUCUUCUAGCGAUUUCCAUGUUCACUAUUUCCGAGCUGUCGUCGCUAAGUCUGUCGCAUUACUAUUAUCUGAUGUAUAGAGUUGGAACAAGAGUACAAACAUGUCUGACAUCCGCCGUCUACAGAAAGACUCUCCGCCUUUCAAACGCAGCACGCCGUACAAAAACUGUGGGCGAGAUAGUAAAUCUCAUGUCCAUUGAUAUUGAUCGAUUCCAACAAAUUUCGCCGCAGACUAUGCAAUACUGGAGCAACCCCCUCCAAAUUGGCCUUGCACUAUUCUUUCUUUGGCAUCAAGUAGGGAUCUCUGUGUUGAGCGGUGUGACUGUAAUGAUGAUGCUAUUUCCUAUCAACUUCUUCAUCACUAUGCUUAUACGGAAGUGUCAAGUCCAACAGAUGCGUUACAAGGACGAGCGUACGAAGAUGGUCAACGAAGUUUUGAAUGGUAUCAAGGUUAUAAAACUGUAUGCCUGGGAAGAACCAAUGGAAAAGGUUAUCAGUGACUUGCGUGAGAAAGAGCUGUCUCUGAUCCGUAAAGCUGCACUACUUCGAACACUUUCAGACAUGUUUAAUUCCGCCUCUCCGUUCUUGGUUGCCUUAUCUACGUUUGCUACGUUUAUUGUUCUUGAUCCAAAAAACAUCCUGACCCCUGAAAUUGCUUUUGUAUCCCUCACAUUAUUCAACCAGUUACGAACUCCAAUGUCGCAAGUUGCGGAAAUUAUCACGCAGACAGUUCAGGUUGUAGUAUCGAAUCGUCGCCUCAAAGAAUUUCUUACAUCUGAGGAAUUGUCACCAAUCUGUGUGGAUCACAUAGCCAGAGACAAUAAUGAAGUUAUCAAGGUUUCCAACUCCACCUUGGCUUGGGAUAAAAGUGAAGCACAAGCGACUCUGCAAAAUAUCAGUUUUAGCGUCAAAAAAGGGCAACUCGUCACCGUUGUAGGACGUGUUGGGCACGGAAAAAGCUCUCUUCUUCAAUCACUAUUAGGUCGUCGCCCAACCUAUAUGGAUCAGGGAGUCACCUUGCGACAUUUUGCCAAGACAGUGGUGAAUCUUAGGAGUGGUUUACUCUAA